UUGUUAGUUUUGCGCUGGAAUGAAUCGGAUGGUUGGGCGAUUAUAUGGAACAACAGCUUUUCGACAGAUUGGGUUUCAGUUAGUCACGAAACGCCGAAUGAUUCGGUUGAGUCUGUUUCUGCUGCUGCCAGCUCUCGUUGUGGUCAUGGAAAUGAGCGAUGUGUUGGUUCAUGACGCAAUCCCGGACCCGGAUCGCGACAAAUACAUAUGGAACCCGUUCCCGGGCUUCUGUGGCCCCAAUGCCACCAUGGUACGCUGUGGCGGCGUCUGCCCCGAGACCUGCCUUUUCAAAUCGCUGUCGUGCCCCACACACUGCGGAGUGCCCUGCCAAUGCAAGCCUGGAUAUGUCUUCGAGGUGUCUCUGCUUCUGUGCAUUUUACGUAGUGACUGUUCCCCGCACAACAAGCAGCAAAAAGUAGCCUCUCAUCGGGUUUUUCAAUAGAAAGGAGACACUAAAUAGGUGUCAUAAGAUCUAGAUAGUGACUAACAAAGUCCCGGACUAGGAAAGUAUAGUUCAUAGACUCUGGGAAGUAAGUGAUUCCCAAUAAAGAGAUGCACAGAGUGUUUCUGUGAGGAGGUGGGUGGAUGAUCGAAGAUGGGUGGAUGCUAGUUUAUGGUGUGUUGUGCCAAUUUUGUAUGUUCUAAUAAACCAAGAAAGCCAGAUGGAUGCA